GGGAAGACAUCACGGAAAACUCGCCGUACCCGAAUCCCACGCUGAAAUUCAUUCUUGGUUGCAGUGUAGCACGACUACCGACUACCAUGUUUGAUACACCGUUGAAGUCAGGGCCUACUUGACACCCUGGCGAAUUAAGUCGUCGCAAAACCGUAUAAAAUACCGUAUGGGAACAGUAUGCGGGAAAUGGUUGGAGGUUGCUGCGUGUGUUCCGAUGAGCGAGGCUGGGCUGAAAAUCCUCUUGUAUACUGUGAUGGGCACGGGUGCAGCGUCGCUGUGCACCAGGCGUGCUAUGGCAUCGUCCAGGUGCCCACUGGACCGUGGUUCUGUCGAAAAUGUGAGUCUCAGGAGAGAGCUGCAAGAGUGAGAUGUGAGCUGUGCCCUCACAAAGAUGGCGCCCUCAAGAGGACAGACAGUGGAGGCUGGGCCCACGUGGUGUGUGCGCUCUAUAUUCCCGAGGUGCAGUUUGCCAACGUUCUCACCAUGGAACCUAUCGUGCUGCAGUACGUCCCUCACGACAGAUACAUCAAGACGUGUUAUAUCUGUGAAGACCACGGGCGAGAGAGCAAGGCUGCCUGUGGAGCCUGCAUGACGUGCAACCGCCAGGGCUGUCGACAAGCCUUCCACGUCACCUGUGCUCAGAUGGCUGGCCUGCUGUGUGAGGAGGAGGGCCCUGAGGCUGACAACGUCAAGUACUGUGGCUACUGCAAGCACCAUUACAGCAAGAUGCAGAAGAAGAUGCGCUCCAGUGGGGAGAACACAGAACGCAGCUCCUUCGGCCACUCUAGGGGGCGCUCCACCUCCCCCUCCCCCUCCCAGGACAAACACGGCUCCCACCACCACAGGCCCAGGAAGAGUCACAAGGACAAGAUGAGGCAAAAGGAGCGGCAUAAAAAGUCAUCUGAUGGUCUGGGGUCCUCACUGUCCAGCAGCAUGGACAAGUUGUCGUCGGGUCACCAUGGCAACAAGGACAGCGAGGGGAAUUUGAAGAGGUUGAGCUCUCACAGUCAGCUGGGACAUCGCAGUAAGAAGACAGGAAGCAUUGGCAAGAGCUGCUCCUCUUCCUCUUGCUCCUCCAGUCCCUUCAACACUGGUGGCGGCUCCCAAGACUUCCUCCCGUUCUCCUCUACCUCUCGUUUGGAGUGUGACCCCGACCGAGGAGAGGACGAGCACGGUGCUGAGGAGCACCACGAAGAGCGGACCAGACGGACAGUGCCUGAGGAAGAUGACGAAGAAGAGGAGGAGGAAAGGGAAGAAGAGAAAGAAGAGGAAGAGGAAUUGGACAAUAGUAAAUACCACAACAAGGCCUCUCUGCAGCCCCCGGCCCUGACCCCGGUUGACGGACCUCACGGAGGGUCGUCGCAGGGUCACGAGAGGUCAGAGGGCGAGGCCAGCUCCAUCGAGACCAAGGUCACCAUCUCCACCUUCGGCUCCAUCAUGCGCAUCACUUCCUCCUCGGGUGGGCUAGGCGGCGGCAGCAGCAAGCUCCGCAAAAUCUCCUCCUCCUCUUCCUCGGGGGACUACAAGCCUUCCAAGUCGCUUCUCAAGUCCCCGCACCUAGCCACGCCCCCUAUACUGGAGGAGGCCGACCUAGAGGAAGACAAGGCCACGCCCCCACCACCACUGCCAACACACCGGGAGAGGAGGCACCGUGGCAACAAGAAGAGCCGGCACGGACCGGGGCGCCCGCGGGGGAGCAAGAACCGGGAGCGGACGGAGAGGCGAGAGGAGGAGUACCGUCAGCACCAUCACCACACGGCCCCUGCUCCACCUCCACCCCUAACCUCCUCCACCUUGUCCUCCUCGCUCUUCCCCAGCUCCCCCACCCUCCCCCACACAGCAUACUCCUCCACCCUGCACACCUCCUCCCUCUCCUCCUCCUCCUUCCCCUCCUCCUCCACUUCCUCUAGCGUCAGUUUCUCCACAGGCCGCGGCAAUACGCUGCUCGGCUCCGGAAACUACAUCAGUCACAAGGACCCUCUGUCUUUGAGUAGGGGUGUCUGUAACACCCCUUUGUCUUUGGGCGGAGGGGUGUGCACCACCCCUCUAUCGUUGGGCGGGGGCAUAUGUAGCACCGCUCUCUCUUCAGGACUCCUGCCAUCUCACGUCUCCACACUGUCACUUCAACCAGUCAACUCUGCCCCCAACACACAGGUCCACCCAUGUUCCAGUUCUUCCUACAACCUCAGCUCCUCUCAGCCCUUUGGCAGGAUCCUUUCUACUGCCUCUACACUGCCCUCACUACUCAGCCAAGCCCAGACCUCACUUCCAGAGUCCGAGAUGGACGACUGUCGCUUCCCAUGUCACGACAACUCGCCACGAGAGAGCCUUUCAUCACAGUCUCCUAUGAGCAGUCUGCCCCUGCUGUUUGACCAGAGAGAGGGCGUAGGCCCUGGGGUCAGAGGUCGCCCUGAAAACGUCCCUCCAUCCAGCUUCCACAUAGAGCUCCUACUGGAGAAGCAUGGCAACGGAGAGAUGGGAGCCAACAUUGUAGAGAUGCUCCAGUCCCUCCACUCGCUGCAGCAGGAGAACCAGCGUCUCCAGGACCAGAUCCUCAGCCUGACGGCCAAGAAGGAGCGGCUGCAGCUGCUCAACGUGGAGCUGGCCUGUUCCUUCCCCCUGCAGGUCCACCACUCCCACCACUCCGCCCAGGGCCUAGUGCCCACCCCCACCCACAUCAGCUUCCUCUCCUCCGCACACGACCCCCUCAGCACCAAUAAGAGUCCCCUGUCUAAAAGCUGCUUCCUGAAUGAUACCUCCUUCAUCACCUCAUCCGAGGAGCUCCACUCUGGUAGUCCCUCCCGCAGUAGCUCAUCCCUCUCCUUCCAGAGCACCCCGCCCCCUCAGCAGAGUCCCGCCUCCUUCGGCCAGCCCUUGCUGAACGGGCUGGGUGGGCGGGGAUUGACUGACAGCCUGGGGGGCCUCAAUCAGGCCAGCAGUUCCAUGGUGGGUGGGCUCAUGGCCUCCCUAGCAGGAAGUCCCCAGCUGAACAUGAACGGCGUGCUGGGCAGCCUGAACGGGGUGAUCCAGUCGCCUGUCCAGAACGCCCCCCAGCCCACCCUGCCUGCCCUGCGGCCCCAGCCUCCUCCUUUGGGCACCCAGGCACUGGCACAGGGCCUGCAACUCCCCAAGAGCAUGAGUCCGUCUUCCCUCCUGUCUGAGCAGCAGAAGCAGCUCCUUCUCCAGCAGCACUUCACUCCAGAGCAGCAGGUGGUGGUCUAUCAGAUGUUGCAACAGCAGCGGCAGAGGGAGCUACAGCGCCUCACGCUGACCGGGGCCCUCACCUCCACCCCCACUGCCCAGUCCCCCAACCUGGGGGCCUCGCCCCUGCAGGGUGGCCAGGGAAACGCCCUCUUCAGCCUACAGGAAAAUGCACUUCACAAGCCCGGGGGGAUGGGAGAGAAGGGCGGAGACAAGAAUGGCUGACAUGUCUUCUUCAUGUCUGAACUGUUGCAGCUAUAACAGCAGCUAUAACAGGUGGGAAGGAAGGUAAUUGAGCUGUUCCAUCAGAAACUAAUGUCACCUUUAAUCUCCAUCUGAAAGACUCUUGACUCUCUAUCGUCUGUCUUUCCCACUCUUUUAUGAAUGUAUAAUGGAACCGACUUAAACGGUUGUUAUUUUUUAUUUGAGGAAGUUUUUUUCUUCUAGGUCCGUAUGUAUGUGUAGGCAGCUUUCAGAGAGCAUGAAUACAGUGGUCUGUAAUUGAAUUGCACUAAUCUGUUAACAAGACCAAUUGGUUUUGCUCUUGUAGCAGAGCCAGAGACUCUGGUGUCCUGAAGGUAGAUGUGGAGGGUAUCGGGGGUCCAGCAUAGAACCCUUAGCCGCUACUCCCAAGGCACUUCCUGAGAUCUGAAAUGAUUAGAUGGGUGUAAACAAUAUGGUGAAUAUUCCACCCAGCCAAUCAGAAGGCAAGGUAAAUCAAUUACCUUAUCAUUUUAAACCUAUCCAAUCCUUUUAGAUCUACCGGAGUGCCUAUGGGUUGGGCCAAGUGUCGACUUGGAAUUUGGGUGUGAGUGUUUUGGGCCAAAGUGUCCUUAGGCCAUAACUUUACUGAAGCACUGACCCUCCACUUAAGCAAUUAUACCCCUAUGGAACCAAUGUAUCCCUCCAAACGUCCUUGUUGAGGACGAACUGUCUGCCACCUUUCUAAACAUCAACUGUCUUCCUCAAGGUCUGAAUUCCUUUCAUUUUCAUCCCUCUCAUAUAUUUUACAACUAUGAUAUUCCUAUUCUAUCCUAUUAAAUGUCACAGCUACAGACUGGCACCAAAUUAUCUGGGGACUGGCAUUGGCAGGGUAGAGUGCCAACUAUGCCUCAGUCCACCCCUGAGAAUGUAUAGAGAUUGUAUGAAGUUCAAUAUGUGUGCCGCUGCCGAGAUUAAUGAAACCAAACCAAACAUUUGAAAAUUGUCAAAGUAAAAUGUAAGAUUAUUAUUUUAAUUUUGUUCAACCCAUGUAUACUUUUCUUCGAAAAUGAACCACCGAUAUAGAACCUAAUAAGGGAUAUUUGGUACUUACUGUUACUAGGCUACAUGGAACUGACAAGUUAGUGAUUGAUUAGUAUGAAUAUUUUGCACUCUAUCCUGAACUGUUAGUGUUUCUUAUUUGUUUCUGUUGUACAUAUUGUUCUUUUGAUGCCCGGAAAACUAGUUGUUCUUUUAGCAAUACUGUAUAGUUGUCAAUGCCUUAAAAUGAUGCUAGAGUUACUGAGGGAAAACAACUCACUCUUAACAGCAAAAAGGCAGGUUCUCUUCUCUUCUAAUUUUUUUGUCUUGUUUUUGUUCUGGUUACAUUUACCAUUAUUUCAGAUUUAGGUGAAAGCACUCUUUUCAAUCUUACAAUUUAUAAUAUUGAUAGGCAACAGUGAUAUGUCAACAAUUGUAAAAUGAAAAUAGGUUUAUUGAUAAGUCUCAAAUCAUCUGUAAUAGUGUCUUAAGAUGCUGCUCAAUGUUCUAGUUUUUAGAAGAACUGACAAGUAACAUCCCAUUUUAGACGGUAUCACUUUACUUUGUCAUAAGAUCUAUAAAAUGCUGUCAUAGUAAUGGCAUAGCGGUCAUGGUGUUUGUGACUAUGUUCUUAUACUACCGUGAUUCAAACCAUUAUUGCUGACUUUAUCUGUUAUGAUAUGACUGCCUAUGACAUCUGUUACGUCAUUCUAAUAACAGCAUAAUGUAUAGUAUGUCUUACGACUGAGAUCAUGAUGUCAAGUUAUAAAUGUUACCAUUCAGAACACAUAGGCAACUCGGGAACUCUAAUAUGUUAUUUUUUUUACUGCAUCUACUUUCUUGUGUGGCACAUAAUAACAAGUCCUUCUGUGCUGGGAUCAAGCUAAUCUAUUAACAUCGGUCAAAGAUCAUUUCCAAACGUGGAUUCGUUUUCUGUUUGCAACCUCGAUAUUGACCUCCCGUACAUGUGAUAUCGGAAAGUAUUAGAACUGUUCUGUUUUUGUAGAUAGUUGUCAGUGAGGAACUUUCAAGCGACUAUUUUAGUUGGUAAAAUACUGUAGCAACGAGACUAUAGGAGAAUGUUAACAUUGAUAACACAUGAGCCUAUUCCUCCAUAUUGACAGGACUUCUAAAGGAGGUCUGCAGUUGAACAAGUACGUCCUUAUAAGUUGUUGUAUGAUUAAGGUAAAAAUCUAGGAAAGAACAUGUCGAAGAGAUUGUUUUGACUGAAAGAGUACUGCGAAGGAAUCUUGAAGGGGAAUCUUUCCCAUGUUGCACUGGGGCGAUUUGGCCCAAUGAAAUGUACAUGUUUUUUAUGUAUAUAUACUUUUGUUGUUUUUUAUUGUUUGAGUACAAAUUGUAUACUUAAAUGUGUUUGUGUAUAGACACAUUCAUUUUCUAAGCUUUGAAGUUUGGGUAACCAAGAUAAUCAAUGUUAUUAUGUACGUAUGUUGUACUGUGUAUCUGUUAUGUAUUACAGCAUAUUUAAGCACCUCUCUCUCAAUGAAGUUUGAUGAAAAUGGAACAAACUUCUUGGGACAUAAAAUGCAUGAAAUGCAUUUAAGUCUCUCAAAUCAGUAGCUAAAUACCAAGUUAGACUACACAUAGUUUUUAAAUGCAUUGUUCUCAAAAAAUGUUUGAAUGAAAUUUAAAUUGAGCACUGCAUUUGAGAAAGGACAAGCAUUGUUGUCAAUGUACAUUGUAUUUGUUUGAGAUAAUUAAUCAACAAUGAAUUUGCCAAUAUUCAGAUGUAAUGCCCUGUAAAGUAUUUUGAUAUUUUUGUGUAAAAAUUAAAAAGGAACUAUUAAGACGACUGAACUUUUACUGUCAAUAAAUGUAUUUU